GACACACGCAAUCCAUGACGAAGUUCACGAGCCUCAUCAUCAGAGACAUGUAAGCCCCUGAAGUAAAAACUCCGAUCCCCGUGCAAAUCCGUGGAUUCAAGAAGCGACCACUCCUCCCUCGCACCUCCUGUCCCACCCAAAAGUCUUGGAUGUUUCUCCCACCAAUCCAUCAUCCUAUUUUCGGGCUAUCCUCCACAGAAUCGCAAUGUUCUCAAACGCCAAGCACCACCAAGUGGCACAAACACCACCCUUGCAACAUCUGACACAGCAUCCGCUUCACAGCUCGUCACCUCACGACCGACCCUCAUUCUCGCACUCAACCAUUAGCUCCUGUGCUCACGAUGUUUUGAGGAAUGUGGCUCGUGCUUAUGCUUUGAGACCGUGUCAGAAAAUGUGGAGUGGGUUCCUGCCAAGGCUGAAGUCAGCGUUAAAGAUGCCGAUGUCCCAUGUACUUCUUCACUUCAUUUUCGUUGUAAUCGUUCGUUUCUUGGGAUUUGAAGUCAAGAGUAGGACGCUUUCAUUUUCAUAUUGCAAAGAUUCAUACCUCCUGGCGAGGUGCUGGCAGGAAAAGAAUGUUACAGCUUAAUUUUUUGAUGUUGGCGGUUGGAAUCACCACUGUGUGGUGUAGAAGUAUUGGAGAUAUCCUUCCAACCCUCCGCCUGCCAAACACCAUCUCACCAUCAAUCCCUCUUUUAGAA